AUGACGAAGAAUAAUCUUGCUGUACAUCUCAAAUGGCUGCUUACUCAAGGCCCCUGCUUGCACCCGUCGUUGUCAACUGAAUCUGCUCCCAUACAACACGAGCGUGUCUCCCAACAGCCCCCUCUGACCUCCGACGAAAACCGGUUCUUGGAUGCGAUUAUUGAGGAUGCCGAGGAAAUUGACGAUGUUAUAAUUGAAGAUAUGGCAAAACUGCAAUCUUCAUUGUCAACAAGGACACCUCGGUUAUUCAGCCGUCCGGAAACAUGGAAAGACGAGCCUCCUUCAACAUCGAAAAAGGCGUUCUUGACAACAGCCCUGGUGCCAGAGUCCCAUCUAGAGCCACCGCGUUCCUCUUUCGCGUCGAAACUCAAAACAACCCCACUUCGAUCGAACCGAAAGCCAGAAACACCUUCCUUUGACACGGUGGAAGCCAUUGAUCUCACAGGAGACCCGGUGAGAUUCGUUUCAUCCUCGGUAACAGAUGUUGGAGAAUCACGCCGACUAUGGGAUGGAGACUCUGCAGCUGCAGCAUGUGAACCACCUGGCGAAAAGCGUGGAAAGAAGCGGAAGAGCGAUGAAUACACAUCAGACCUUCACUCACUCUCGAAAAAUGCUUCUAAAGUGCGAACCGCCCCGAAAGGCUCGAUCUCUGAAUUCCCUCCGACGUCAAACCGGACAAAACCUUUGAAUAGUGCCAAACAGUUCAAAACCGAUUCUCCGUCUCCUACGAAUAGCCGCCGGAAGCAUGUCAUUGCCGGCUCUGACGACGAUGAUGAUCUAUUUGAAACAUGGGGAGAGGAUGCGGAUGAUAUGAUUUUGGACGCUGAUCCAGUACUGUAUCCCAAACUACCUCAGAUUAGCCCGGCAGAAAAUGAGAAGCGCAACUGCACGGGAGGGCCACUCCUUGAACGCCCACCAAGUCGCAAGUUGUCACAAAAUUCGCAGACGGAGACUCGAAUGGAACGAACGAAUCUAUCUAAAGCCACGAAAGCUUCUCAGUCAUCCACUCCGCUCAAGGCCCCCAGCUCACAGCCCAAAGACCAGACUAUUCUGAAGUUUGUAGCCCUUUCAUCAACUUCUAUCGGGGAUUCCAUUCGGCAGCUGAGACAGACACUGCAAAAGAACUCCGAGAUUGUAUAUCAGCAGGCAAUGGAAGGCCAGCCCGCUCCAGAUCUCAUCGCAGAGAACAAAAUGCUUGUCUCACGAAUCCAAGCCAUUGAGGCUUUGCAGAACCAACAGGGGGCAUACAAUAGCUGCGUUUCGCGAAAAGAAAAAUUAAAGCAGAAAAUCAUCGGCCUGAUCUCCAAGGGCCUUGAUCCAACAAGCAUGCCGGAGCUAUCACAAAGUCGAGCUGUUGAGUCAGAGCUGGAAAAAAUUGAGACGAAGAUUCACGAGCUUCUUCCCCGGGCCAAGAUAUUUGAUUUGGUCACGGCUUCAGAUCGUGAUACCCCAACGUCCAGUGACCUUCAUUCCGACCCUCAUAGUUUCAAGAACCAGUUUGAAGACUUCGAGUUUACCAGGGGCUCUUCACCCCCAAAACAGCACACCUCUUUCGUUAGCCCUAAAGCGAGCAGCGACAAAUUUCUUCCCCGGGUUGGGCAGAGCGUUGCCGCGCGAAGUGGCGACAAUAGCCGUGUUUCUCGAAACAUGGGCUCACCAUCAAUGGACCUGGAUGAUUUCGAUUGGGAUGAGAGCGAUGAUGAUAUGCUGGAGGUUGCUGGAAGCUUUAACAAAGAAACGCCGACGUCUUUCAGUAACAGAAACAUCCAGGAUCGUCCAGUAUUUGCCGAGACCUCUGGGAACACCUCUCGGAUGCCCCCGCCAAUGAAGUCACCCGCCCGAAGCAGUUUCUGGUCUAAUUAUGCUUGGUCCCACGAAGUGAGAACUGUUCUCAAGGAUAAGUUCCACCUUCGUGGCUUCCGGCCAAACCAGCUUGAGGCCAUUGACGCAACCCUCGGUGGAAAAGACACGUUCAUACUGAUGCCUACCGGCGGAGGGAAGUCGUUGUGUUAUCAGCUUCCCUCAGUUGUUCAGACCGGUCGCACAAGGGGCGUGACCAUUGUUGUUUCUCCCCUAUUGAGUUUGAUGCAAGAUCAGGUGUUCCACCUGAAGAAGCUGAAUAUCAACGCCCUCUUGAUCAAUGGCGACACCGACAAGGCUGAGCGAUCUCAUAUUAUUGAUCAAUUGUCAAAUGGCGGGGAGGGUAUUGAGCUGUUAUACAUCACACCGGAAAUGCUUAGCAAGAACCAGAUACUUGUUAAAGCACUCGAGAAACUCAAUCAUCGAAACAGGCUUGCGCGCUUGGUCAUUGACGAGGCGCACUGUGUUAGCCAAUGGGGACACGAUUUUCGACCAGACUACAAGGAAUUAGGUGAAGUUCGAGCAAAACUUCCUGGUGUACCAAUCAUGGCCUUGACUGCUACCGCGACGGAAAAUGUGAAGGUGGAUGUCAUGCAUAAUCUGAAGAUGAGCGGAUGCGAGGUGUUCCUACAAAGCUUUAAUCGUCCUAAUUUGACCUACGAGGUACGGCCAAAGAAGAAGAAUGAUGAACUCUUGGCUAGCAUUGCCGAGACAAUCACUGGCUCGUAUCGAAACCAAUGCGGUAUCAUUUAUUGCCUCUCGCGCAAGACGUGCGAAACUGUGGCAGCGGAACUCACCACAAAGUACAAGAUCAAAGCUCAACACUACCAUGCCCUCUUGGCAUCGAAGAAGAAAGCGGAGGUACAGAACCAGUGGCAAAUGGGCAGAUGCCAUGUUAUUGUUGCCACCAUCGCCUUUGGAAUGGGAAUCGAUAAACCCGAUGUGCGAUUCGUGAUCCAUCACAGUAUUCCAAAAAGCCUCGAAGGAUACUACCAGGAGACUGGUCGUGCUGGCCGCGAUGGGAAACGCUCCGGAUGCUAUCUUUAUUAUGGUUACAAAGACACAAUGUUGCUCAAGCGGAUGAUUGAUUCAGGCGAAGGGAGUUAUGAACAAAAGGCUCGACAAAAGCACAUGCUUCGUAACGUUGUCCAAUUUUGUGAAAACCGCAGUGACUGCAGGCGUGUACAAGUGCUCGCUUAUUUCAACGAACAAUUUCGUCGGGAGGACUGUGGGGAUACGUGUGAUAAUUGCAAGUCCGAUCUUGUUUUUGAAGAGCAUGACUUUUCAGAAUACGCAUCAUGGGCAAUCAAGAUUGUGCGAAAUUUCAGUGUCAACCUAAGUGAAAAGGUUACUAUUCUCUACUGUGUUGACGUCCUUCGUGGCGAUUUGAAAAGACCCAAGUCACCUUCACAUCGACAAUGUCCUGGAUAUGGAAAGGGAUCUGCUCUUGACAGGGGAGAAGCAGAACGACUUUUCUAUCGUUUAUUGGGCGAAGACGCCCUCGCAGAAGACAAUGUCAUCAAUGGCAAGGACUUCGCGGUUCAAUAUCUCAAACUUGGCCGCCGUGCUACCGAAUUCGAGAGUGGCCAGCGCAAAAUGAAGCUACAAGUGCGCGUCUCUCCCAAUGGUAAAGCUCCAGCGAUACGGCCAACCGCGAGAGCGAAGGCUGGCCACCCUCAAUCCACAAUGGUGUCAUCACCCAUCCAAUCUGCCAAUGACCGUCGACAGGCCCGCUCUCAACGCGGGGUGCGCCUUGACUCCUCGGAAGGGGAAGAGAGUGAUGGUUUCGAGCCGAUCCGAGUAACUGGAAAGCAGCGACAUGGCAACGUGCGUGAAUUAGGCCCACCUAUUACUACUGACCAGAAGAUGGAUCGGCUCGAUCAUCUUCAUCGUGCUGUUGUCGAGGAUUUCGAGGUUACUGCCAAGAGGUAUCUCCAAGAUGUCGUUGUUGAGAAAGGUCUUCGUACCCAGCCAUUCCCGGAUCACAUUUUGCGCGACAUGGCUAUCUCAUUUCCUAAAGACCCCUCAGAGCUUGCUGCUCUCCCGGGCAUCGACCAAGACAAAGUCAAACGAUAUGGUCGCCAGAUCCUAAGACUGAUAGACAAUGCAAAACGGCGUUACCAGGAAUUGACACAAGAGGCCGAGUCCAAUGGUGUCGUUCCUGAUCCCAACCACCACAAUGUCAUCAACCUCAGCAGCAGCGAUGAAUACAGCGACGGUGACGAUCUUUUCGCAGACCAAGCAUCUACUUCUGAUAUCGGCCAGCACCCCGAGGAGUCCACCGAGGAUAUUACCAGCCGAUAUUUUCCACCUCCGCCAUCCCCGGGCUUUGACCCUGGUGAUGACGAUGGGCCAGCUGAUUCUAGCUCCAGAGGCCGCAAACGCCCAUUCACCAAAAAGCCUCGCCGGAAAAAUGGUGGCGGCUCCACAGGAAGCUGGAAAGCGAAAGGCGCCAGAUCCAAGACCCCCGCGGGUGGCAGUCGUGGUGCAGGCCGAGCCUCUGCUGCCCCUCGAAAAACCUCUACGAAAGCCAAGACACCGAAAUCUACGAUUGGAAUGAUGCCUGUUUGA